GGGGCGGGGGCGGGGCUCACGGCCGGUUAAGGCUGUGCUGGGUAGGUGGGCGCAGACGGAGCGACUACGGGUCGGGGCUGGGUUCAGCGCGCCGCGAACAAAGGAGUCUGCGGCGGUUCCCGGCUCCGCGGAGGACCAAAGCUUCGCGGGACUCUGAGGCUCCGAGGCUCCGGGUCGGCCUCGGCUCGGCUCCACCGCGGGCGCCGCGGCACUUGCCGCCCAGCGCUGCCCAGGGAGCUUCUCCUGCCCGGGGCUCAUGAUGGGGCUGAUCUUCGCUAAAUUGUGGAGCCUUUUCUGUAACCAAGAGCACAAAGUAAUCAUUGUGGGGCUGGAUAAUGCAGGGAAGACCACCAUUCUUUAUCAGUUCUUAAUGAAUGAAGUAGUUCAUACUUCUCCAACCAUAGGAAGCAAUGUUGAAGAAAUAGUUGUGAAGAACACUCAUUUUCUUAUGUGGGAUAUUGGUGGUCAAGAGUCUCUGCGGUCAUCUUGGAACACCUAUUAUUCAAACACAGAGUUCAUCAUUCUUGUUGUCGAUAGCAUUGACAGGGAACGGCUGGCUAUUACAAAAGAAGAAUUAUACAGAAUGUUGGCUCAUGAGGAUUUAAGGAAAGCAGCAGUUCUCAUCUUUGCAAAUAAGCAGGAUAUGAAAGGGUGCAUGACAGCAGCUGAAAUCUCCAAAUACCUCACCCUUAGUUCAAUUAAGGACCACCCAUGGCACAUCCAGUCAUGCUGUGCACUAACAGGCGAAGGUGGUUUCAUCUCAUUUUAAAGGGGUUGAGUUGUGCCAAGGUCUAGAGUGGAUGACCUCCAGGAUUGGUGUGAGAUAAUCUUUUGCUUGAAAAGACUUCUCUAUUUAUUCCGUGACAUGAACAUUUUUCCUAAUACCUUUGGCUGCUGAGGCAGCAGCAUGUUUAAUUUAUAACAACACAAACCUCUGAGCAACACUUGAAUCAAGUGCCGCUGUACUGGAACAUAAAGAUGUUUUCUUACCUUUGUUUCAGAUGCACUAAUCUUCAGUCGGAUGAGCAUAAUGUGUAACUAUGUUUGCAGCAACAGAACUCUUCUGACUGCUUAUUCUAAUUAUUCGGUGACUGCCUUGUAAAAACUGUUUGUCAUAUAUUUCAUGUUAUCUGAAGUAUUGUUAUAUCCUUUACAACCCGUUUCUUUCACUUCUUGGCCACCACUCUCUCCCUCCCAGGUCUUGGUGAUUUGACAGAACAGUAGUAGGAAUUGUCAUCUACUACUUGUCCAGCACUAAACAUUUUGUUCUGUUCUCUACAAACCCUUUUUAUCGUUUGGCCAGAAUUAAUGACAAUGAUGAAAAUCUACCUAGAAGCUGUGUGUGUGUGUGUGAGAGAGAGAGAGAGAAAACAUCAUGAAUAUUUGCCUUUAAAUUUUCCUUCACCUCAUUGCAUAUCAUAGUUUAAUUUUAAGUUGUUCUUUGCCUGGGGAAUUAAGUAGUCCAUUUCUUUAUGUAAGGAAUUAAGUUCACUUUUCUGUUAGCAGUGUUUGCUUAAAAAACACAAGGUAAAGCAUAAAUUUGAAAGUCAGCUUCAAUGAUAAAUAUUUUUGGUUCCAUUUGAUAGCUUAAGAUUUUCACUGUAUAUAUAACUGUCAGAAUUUAGUAAAACACACCAACAUGAAAUUAAUCUAGGACACUUGGAAUAUGUUUUUCUAGCAGUUUGCUGCCUGUUUUAUUGUCAGCAAAAACUUCAGCUAUUUUGUCAGCGAUACUAAACCUGCUUUGGACAGAAGCGAAAAUACAAACAAUCCUUUUCAUUUCUUAGGUGUGAAGGGGUAUCUGUUAGAGCAUCUUUAUCACCAGCAGUAUGUUCCUGAAAGGGAAAAGACCAUUUUAAAUCUGGCUGAGGCUGAUGUGAAAGAGGCUUCAAACAGUUGAUUCCCCACCCCCACUUUAGGUACACUUUGUGUCCUAAAAUCCUAUUGGGUACUGCUGGACCUAACCUUGGCUUUUGGAAUAUUCCUAUAAGACUCAACACUUACAUUAUUUUUUUAUUUGGAUGAAUUUUUGAGACAGGGUUUCUCUAAGUAGUCCUUGGCCUGGAACUCACUAGGUAGACCAGGCUACCAUAUUCUUACCAACAUGAAUGCUUUUAUUGGUUACAAAAAUGGAGGGAAAGGGCCUAAUGCAUCAGACUUACUGGGCAGUAUUAACGGUUCCCAAGGCAGUUGUCUAAGAUAAAAGUACGAGUGAACCCAAGUGUUGUCAUUACCCCUGUUCAUUUUAUGUGUGUCUUUGGCUGUAUGAAAGGGAAAUAAUGUGUACUUAGGGGUGGUUCCUCCUUUGCAGUAUUUUUUAUUUGGAUCAAAAUAAGCUUCAGUGUUCAUAAAUAUCUGCUCAAAAUUGUUAUUUUAAUUUCUGGUUUUUUGUAUGUAAAUUGCCUUAAAUUUUGCUCUCUUUCAGGUGUACUCAUUUGUUUUAUUUAGUUAAUUUAGUUGAACUUGAUGUCUUGUAUUUAGUGUUUCACCUUUGAUAUGAAAGUGGCCAGAGGAAAAUUUUCUGGACUGUGGGAAAUUGUUUAAACUUUGACUUUUUUCUUAGUGAUUCUAUGCCAAGUAGAGGAUAAGUUUAAUUUUCUUGUAUGUUUUAAAUAUAACUGAUAAUCAAAGGCGAGCAAGAAAAGCAGAUAUAAAUCAAUGUGGAUGGUGUUUGUUGGGUGGGGGUGGGAACUAAGAAAAUACCAAUUACCUAAAGCACACUUUGCCUGAACUUUACUUCAUUUUAUUGUUUACCAUAAAUCUAAAAAAAUUCUCAUAAGCCUGUCUGGAAGUAAAGCAUAUUUAAUACCCCAGUAUUUCUUCUUAAGAAAUAAUUAUGCCUCCUUGUAUCUAAUAAGAUUGGCUGGUUCAAUUUUCUUCUAUUAGAUAAUAUGGUUAUUUUUUAUAUUACCACAUCAGCAUUAUAUUGAAAGUGUUUUUAAUAGUUGAUUGUAUUUUGCCAAACAGCUACUAGUAUAGAUACAGAUUUGCUAUUUAAUUAUUAAACAUACAGUUUAUUUUACUUCUAAAUCCUUUUUUAAAAGCAUAUGAUUAAUUUGAUUAGAAGCAAUGUCUGUUAGCCAUCUGAGUAUGAAAUCAGUAUUCAAGUAGACAUUGUGCCAUUGAGGCUUUGGUCAUUUUUCAUUUCCAGCAGCAAGAAACUAGUUAUCCUUUACUCCAAGAGAAUGUUUGGACCCAAACAAGUAUAUGAUGCUAAAGCAUUUCACUUGAAUGUUCACUGUAAAUCAAAUGGCUGUAAAAUAUUAUUUGAUGGAAAAAUGCAAAUUUGUGAUGGUGCCUUUGUUAUUUUGAGACAAGUUCUUGAUUUUUUGCUCUGUUCUUUAGAGGUCACAUUAACAGUGAUGGCGGUGGAGGGAAGGGCUGUGUGUCUCACAUUCUCCGUUGUCUCCACAUGUUACUCCAUAAAGUUUGUAUUAUGCAGACACCUCCCAUACCUGCUUUAUACCUUCAGAAAAUUAUCUUGUAUUUUUAAUUCAGAAUGAAGAGAUUAAGUUUAUCUAAAAUCUACUCAGUAUGUUACAGCUAAAAAUGAAAAAAAAAACUACCCUUGCAAAUCAAGCAUGCCAUUGUCUUAUCUGACUGUAUUAUCUUCACCUAGAAGCACAUUUGAGAGUUACUGUAAAAGUAGUACUUGCUUUUGUAGGGGAAUGCACAAAAUAUUUUUAUUGUUAAUGUGAUUUAAUUUCUUAAAACUGAAAAAUAUUAAUAUAUAUAAAUAAUCUAUUGAAAACUGAGAUUUGAAUAUGUAAUGUUUGCUUUUAACUUCUUGUGUUAACAUUCUUAAAGGAAUAGUACUUUUAUUCCUUAUUCACUAGAGAAACAAUAUAUACAUUUCAUUUUUUUAAAAAGCAGGUUUAAAUUACUCCCAUAGUAAUAGUUCCUGCCUCUUGCAUCCCCAGUGCCACGAUUGCCAUAGCUAUUUUAAUUAAAUAUAAUUUACCUUUCAUUGUAGUAUAAAGAAAAACAGUUAUUUUCCUGUGGGAACAAUGAAGGGUACAGACAAUGCUAUAAACAAUAGUCUUUGAUGCCAAGUCUAACCAUGAAGAAGUCUUUGAAGAAAAUAGAACUUUUAAGUCUUUGAUGUUAUUUCUCAGAACAGAUGAUAAGCAGAAUUAUUUCCAAGAGCAUUCAUUUAAUCCUUCACUGUGUAAAGCACACAUUAGCAAACAGGGAUUGAGCUGCUACAUGAUGAGAUGCUACAUUAUUGGCUUUUGUCUCUAGAGACCUACUUUAUGAGUUAACUUUUUUUUUUUGUUUUUGUUUUUGUUUUUCGAGACAGGGUUUCUCUGUGGCUUUGGAGGCUGUCCUGGAACUCCCUUAGUAGUCCAGGCUGGUCUCGAACUUACAGAGAUCCGCCUGCCUCUGCCUCCCGAGUGCUGGGAUUAAAGCCGUGCGCCACCAACGCCCGGCAUGAGUUAACUUUUUAUCUAUGACUCUGGAACAAGAUCCUCACACACCUAAACUUUAGUUUUAAAGGUCCCUUAAUCUUCUGUCCGUGGGUCACUUCAAGAUACAGCUUCUUGUCUGUAUUUAGUCAAACAUUGCACUAGCUGUCUGAAGAUUCUGAUCUUAAUCUGCCCAUUUAUCAUGUAUCUAGUUGACCUAAGACACUAUUGUUCGUGACUUUCUUUUUGUUCUUCCCAAACUGAGGAGCCUUUAAGUAAACGAAGUCUCAAUUGAAGCCUUAUGUACUAUAUACUGUUUUUUAAAUCCAAAGUAAUAGGAAAUGCUUGUAUUACCCACAUUUAAGUUGUUUAUUCGUUGUUUGAUUUCCUCUCCUAGAAUCACUUCCUCUAGUGUUUAUGUACCAUCAGGUCAGAACAAAGUAUAAAUUGAUAACUCUCCUUCAGCUUAAACUGAAUUUCUAGCUAAUGACAAUGUUCAUCAGAAAAUGGUAUUGUGUGUUGAAAACCGUCUUCUAAAAAGCAUACCUUAUCUUCUGGCUUUGCUGACUCGAUGGACAUAGUUAGCUUGUUUUGUUUAUUGCCUGAAGGCAUCCCAAACGCUGCUGCUUUCCAGUACUGAAAGUAGCAUGGAACAGGACAUCAGUGUGUUACAGACUUAAUGAAGUCCACCUAAGUGUGAAAAUGGGGGGUAUUUUCAAUGUCAUCUCAUCUUCGUUUAUCUAAGAUUAAUGUGAAGACUGAAACCCAAGAGCCAGGUUUUGAAAGAAGGAUUAUUUUAAGAAUUCUAGGUGACCAAAGUUAAAUAGAGGCCAUAGAAAGGGGGAAGGGAUUCUAUUAUUUCACUUUAAUGCAAGAAACAAAGUGUUCAGCUGGACCUAAAAUCAGCUUUAAUUGUAUAUUUGGUGAAAUGCUUAAAUGUUUAUUUGGAGGAUUACAGGUAUUCCCAGAAACAAACUCAAAAUCAGACUAACUUGUAGUAAAAUAAUCUAAAAUUAGGUAAGAAAAUAUGGAUGCAAGAAUAGGGAUUUUUUUUUCUUCUCUUUGCAUUUAAUUCUGGCAGCAUAGGAGAACUAGAUACUCUACAUUGCAUUUAAUAUGGCUGGAAAAUCUGAGAAGGGUUAGCAUUUUGGGUUGGAAUCUGGGACUUUAGUCUCUGAGGCAUCUUUUUUUUUUUUUUAACUAAUUUUCUGCAUUUUCCCCUGCAAUGGAGAAAUAAUAAAAUGUGCUGUGUGUGUAUAGACUGAAUAUAGAAAACAAAGCUUCUAAAAGAAUGGAAAUGUUUUCUUGUACAACUUAGCAAAUUUUAAUUUAAAAUUACCUCUUUUUUUUUUUUUAGUCCAGAAGGUGGUUUAAGUGUCUGAGAAGUUGUGUGGUACAGUAAAUCCCCCUCACUCAAAUGUCUUUGAAUAUGCAGAAUUCUCAGCUGAAGCAAGUGCUAGGUGGGGCUGUUGUUUUAGUCUUUGUUUCCCAACCCUAAGAUGAACAGGUAUCCUUCCAUUCAAUGCACUUGAGCAAACACUCAGUCAAUAUUUAAUGAGUUAAAGAAUGGAAAGUCCUGUAAUUUGAUCAGCAAUGAUAAACUAUGACUAUCAGUUUGCUAGGACAGCAAAUGACCAUUAUUUGAUCUCAGUAGUUUGUGAUUUAUUGGCAUGUUUUAGCUAUAGAAAUGAAAAACUAGUCAUUUUCACAUAAAUUUUCCCUCAAGAAAUUCAGGGACUCUGAGGUCCCUGUUUAUUCUCUUGGAGUAAACUUUCAGUUGUCAACAUUUUCCAUCUUGGUUUUGAAAAAGGGUUAGCUGCUGUUUCAUUGAAAUAUGAAAUAAGAUGAUGGCUAUGGCCUUUCCAAUUAUGAGAUAGUUUUCUAUUUUCUCAUUCUCAACUGUUUCACAAAAUAUAGUUUAGAAUAAGGAAAGCAAAUUCCUGGCAGUUAUGUCCUUUCUGUCUCGUUUGUUCUAAUGGGAGUGUGAUGAUUGUUAUUAUACAUUGUCAUCUUCACAAAUAACUUGGUGCUUUAUAACAGUACAGAGAAAGCAGACCUUGUACUCAUUAUACUUCUAGCACAGAUUGUAAAACUCUUUAAAUGUACAUGUAUGUUCAUUUCAUAAGUUUUAAGUAUAAAUUGUUCUCAGUUACAGCUCAGGCUCUGUGCAAGUGUUCUAACAAUAUCUUUGCCAAGCAGCUUGGUCCAAUAGAAGAUACUAUUAAUAAGGUCAAGGUCAGAUCCCAUCUCUUUGUGGACCCUCUGGUGUUUACACAGGAGGAAACAAUAGCAUUCAUACCAUAUGCCACUCUGAACCCUCAACAAGCAACUGAAGUGUGUGUCAUUGCUCUAAUACUUAAGUGAAAACCAAGAAAAUGUAAAAGCAAAUGCCAAAUGCAUUUCACACCAUUACUCCCCACAAGUGGUUCCAAGCUUGUUUGAUUGUGAGGUUGUUGAAAAGACAUGGUUUUGAAUUUUAAUACUUUUUACUAUCAUGAAAUGCUUCUUUUAUAUGUUAGGUCAUGCUCAUGAUUUUUUAUUUCUGCAAUUAUGUUCUAAUGAAUUGUGUGCAUGCCAACUUACUCAAGUAAAAAGAUGCAGCUUGCUCUGGAAUGUUAAUCUUUUAGACAGGUUUUUGACUCAUUUGCAAUCAUGGUGCCAUAUAGCAUAACAUCUAUUUGUUUUCAGUCCACAGUUUUAUUUUUGUCAUAAUAAAUACUUUUCCAAUA